AUGGCAGAUGAUUUUGCCAAGACUCAGGCCAGGUGGACUGGGAAAGACACAGUGUUCAGGAAGACCAUUCACAAGGAAAUCCCAGCCAAAAUCGUUUUUGAGGAUGACCAGUAUCUUGCUUUCCAUGACCUUCCCCUUCAUAUACCAAAACGUUUUCUGGUGACUCCCGAGAAGCAUAUAUCCCAGAUUCCUGUAGCAGAGGGUGAUGACAGAAGUCUUCUUGGACAUUUAAUGAUGGUUGGCAAGAAAUGUGCUGCUGAUCUGGGCCCUAAGAAGGGUUAUCGAGUGGUGGUGAAUGAAGGUUCAGAUGGGGCCCAGUCUGUCAUUUUCAUCUCCAUGUUCUUGGAGGUUGGCAGAUGA